UGUGACGUAACAAGAAAGAUUCGUUGGCCACUUGGUCUAGAAGAGUGCUCUCGGAGAAUAAGAUCUUAUAAACACACAUUUUGUUUGAACGCGGAAACUAUCAAAGAUGGCAGUUUACUCUACCAUGUGGAUAUGGAUUUCGAUACUUGUUACAACGGAGGGGAUCUCGACAUUUGUUAACCCUAACCUGAUUGGCCACGUUCAAAUCGCCGUAGACAUGGAUCGGGAUCAGCUACUGGUUGGAGCAAGAAACAGCAUAUUUCGAUUAUCACUAAGUGAUCUUCGUGUUAUCCAGACCGCUGAGUGGAAUGCAGACAGCGCCAAGACAAAACUCUGUGUCAGGAAGGGCUUCUCAAAGGAACUUUGUCACAACUUCAUCCGAGUGUUGUUUGUCUUCAAGGAUAAAGUGUUAGCGUGUGGAACGAACGCCUUUGAUCCACUGUGUUCCUGGAGAUCAGCUAAUGACAUUCAAGUGGUCAGGGGGUCAUUCAGCGGUCAGGCGAUCUGUCCAUUCAACCCGGAGGACGAGGUGUCCUCGGUGAUGUCUCACGACGGCAGUCUGUUUGCCUCGGCGGCCACUGACAGCCGCUCCCUGUACCCGCUCAUCAGUCGCAAACUGGGGCCGUUCAAACCAUUGUGGACGGCUUACAAUAAUCAAGUGUGGGUCAACUAUGAUGCAGACUUCGUGUCGGCCUAUGAUAUUGGAGAGUUCGUCUAUUUCUUCUUUCGUGAAACAGCUGCUGAAUUCGCAGCCUAUUUAAAAAUAAAAUAUUCAAGAGUAGCCAGAAUGUGUAAGAACGAUAAGGGCGGAUCGGUGAUUUUGGAAGAGAACUGGACAACAUUUUUGAAGGCCCGGAUGAUCUGCACCUUACCGGGUGAUUUCCCGUUCUACCUGGAUGAGAUACAGGACACGUACUAUUCCGAGACAAAACAGUUGAUAUACGCCAUCUUUUCAACCCCUCCGAACAGCAUUUCCGGUUCUGCGGUUUGUGUGUACAACAUGUCAUCACUUCAGAAGGCGUUCACUGGUCCAUUUAGACACAGGCAGGGUCCCGGCGCCUGGAUACAACGUGAAAACACUUACCCCGUGAAAACAUGUUCGAAAGCAGGGACAGGUAUCAGCAUGGAUGAGUUACAGCAGGCCGGUAUGAACCAGUUGAUGUAUUCGUCUUUAGAACCAGUGGACACUCACCCUCUGCUGUUCGCCGAGAAUCUCAGAUGGACUCACCUGGCGGUUGAUGACGUCGCGGGCAAACAUGGCGCCUACAGCGUGUUGUUCCUCGUCACGGAAAAGGGCAGACUGCGGAAGAUGCUGGUGACGAAUCACAUGGCGUGUUUCAUCGAGGAAAUCAAGAUCGAGGCGAACGGAAAUUCCACACGAGUCGACACAUUCAAGCUCUCUCGAGAAAAGGGAGCCAUUUUUCUGUCCACCUUGAGCAAGAUCUUUAAAAUCCCAGUAGCCAGAUGUGAGCGCUUCGCCAAUAAAAGUGCGUGUAUUGAGUCUAAUGAUCCUUACUGCGGCUGGAAUACGAAGACUGGCAAAUGCUCGCAAGCGCCAAGAGGGCAGACUGACGCCGAUCAUUGGCAUCAACCAGUACGUAGCUGCAGCAUACUCCAGUAUGUCGAUGAUGAUUCUGUCAAGUGGUCGGAAUGGAGUAUGUGUCAGCUGGCUGGAAAAUCAAAUCUUAAGUGUUUGUGUCGUCACAGAAAUUGUGUCGAGACAAAAGGUUACCAUGGAAACAGAUGCUCGGGACACGUCGGUUGUGCAGAAAGACUCUCACAGAAGUCCCGUCUAUGGAGCACGGUGGGUGUAAUCGUAACCAGUGUGGUGGGUACAGUCGUCUUUUCACUGAUUGUCGCAACAGUCGUUCUCUACCGACUGAAGAAGAAAGGAACCUCUCACGACAAGAAUAUAAUACAUAAUUCAAGUCGGCCAAACACGAUGGGGAAUACAACUGAGCAGCAUGACAACCCGGCAUACCAACACGAUUAAGCUGGAGAUGAGAUUCGUGUGUUGUGUGUUACAUCAAAAGUCCGAAGAAAUAACAUAGACUAUUAUCAUCAUAAAUGUGCACUGAAACAUAAAAUUAAAGUCAAGACUACCAGUUAAA